GUUUGACUUAGUGCGUUCUUGGCGGUGGAAACGGUUUUUCGCUGUGGUUCCUUUUGCCUUUUUCUACCUCAUUUUCUCUGUAAUAUACACACAAUAUUAGAUUUUUCCGAAGGAGUAAUUAUUGCAGUUUUUUGUGUGCAGUGUGAAAAAAUCCGCGGACGCUGUGGAAUUUUCGAUCCGGGCAAGACGCAGAUACCGUGCAAAGUAGCCCAGACACGUGAUUCGGGCGAAAAUAAGUUGGUAGCGCAGAAAUCGACACUCGAAAAUUCGCAAAAAUGUUUGACGAACAAGAAAAUACGUAUAAAGUGGAAAUGGAGUACACCGUUGAGUUUUUCGGUCGUAGCGGACGAGGAAAGGCGAGAAAGCUGGGAGAGCGGUGUGCGCCUCGGAAUUAUCCCGCGCCGCCGUAUGGUGUGCUGAAAUUUGUUCCGCCGUCGCCGAUUUUCACUCUCGCCUCGCUCCCGGGUCAGCACAUCUUGCGGAGCGCCCGGCCUGGCCUUCCGGACGACUGUGGAAUACAUCGCGCAUAAACUACGGAAAAUUAGGAAAGCAGAGUAAGCGAAAAUGCCAAGUUUCACUCGCGCCAUGCUGCGGCAGCACAGUCGUGGCGGGUCAGCGGCUACAGCCUCGGGAAGCAACAGUAGUUAAAAUCCGCUUCUGUACGUGCGCUUGUGGCCGCUACGCCCAGCCUGGCGGAGGCUUCGGUGACCGAGCGGUUGCUUGGUGGAAUCUGACGCCAGGCCAGGCCUUGGCGAGGGUCAUGAGUGGAGGCCCCGGAACACGGCGGCCGCUAAUGCCGAAGUCGGCAAGCCGGAUUCGAGCCGCGACCCGCCAGCCACUUGGAAGCGGAGCUAUUGUAGGAAACGACGCAGAAGAUUCACGGCUACACGCGAAACGUACCUCCGGAGUGGGAAUCACUAACCUGCCUACACGCCGUGAGAAAUGCUGCGCCCGCUCCUAACCGCUCGAGUCUAGAAAAGGUUCUUUCGAUCCUUAGUUUUCCGGCAAGAAUAUGGGAGGGCCUUGCUAUACAUCCUUCGCCAACAGCCAUUGGAGGAGAUUUUGAAAAAUAUCCACGAUAUUAUUUCAACGCUGCUCAUGAUAUCAGAAGAUGAAGUGUCUGCUGUACGAAUACAUUUAGUGGAUCAAAUUGUAAGUAUAAUACUACAAGUCCGUGAACAUGCAUCACCUGAUCUCGAAUAUUACCUGUACGACCGCCUGUUGCAAAUACUGCUCAAGUACUUUCAAGACGAUGAUUAUAUGGUCAAAGGUGAGGCGUCGUCGGCAAUCAACUUGCUUUUGGACAAAGGUGCAAUAGAUAAAAAAAUGCUAAUAGAAAGAGCCUGCCCAAUUAUUCUAAACUAUACAAAGCAUUACGACGAUGAGAAUGAAGAAGGUCGAACUGCAACUGCUGUGGCUCUUAUAGGACGUAUAGCACCGAUUAUUGGAGGUGAAGCUCUUGAGGAGCUUUUUUUAGAUAAUUACCUAGAAAUGUGUUCACGUGCUGCAACAUCAAUUCGGCACCCAUGUGCCACAAUAUUUCCAGUCAUGUGUCAAGUUCUAGGCACAGAAAUAACAGAAAAACGAAUGGUGGACGCAUUUAUUGCUUUAGCAAAUAGUGAGCAAUGGAGCCUAAGAAAAUUGUGUGCUGAACAUCUAGCAUUAGUAGCAUCGGUCUGCUCGGAGGAAUGUCGACGAGAUCGGUUAACGAGAAUUGUUCUAAAACUCGCCAAAGAUACAAAUAAUCAUGUUGUAAGUGCGACGUUCAAAGUUUUGGGGCAGUACAUAGCAACUUUUUCAACGCCAAAAAUAACAGGACUUGCGUAUACACAAGAGGGUGAAUUGUACAUAACGAAUCCUCUGGAUUCUGACUUUAGCAAACAUUCCGAUCCACAACUCGUCGCUAGUUAUAAUGACUAUAUCAAUCGUUCUGAUGAAGCGUGCGUUCAGCCAGAAUCAAGAGAAUCUUCAUUAUCCACAUCAAUGUCAUUGUUAAAAAUUACAUCGUCACCAAAUCCUUGGGUUUCAUCGUCAUGGUCGUUUUCAUCAUUCAAGACUGCAGACCAGGACAACAUCAAAUGCGACAGUGAUUCGAUGAGCUGUGAACAAAUUGCCAAAUUUAUACAAGAUCACAUUGUAGAAAUCAAUAAGAAAAUCAAUGUGGAUGUACUUAUGAAGAAGCGAAAAGCCGUUUGGUAUAAUGAGAAAUUAAUGGGUGGUGAUAGCGGAAAUUGUAGCAGCGAUGAUAUUAACAAAUUAAAUGAUACGCAACCACCAUUGUCAACGGACGAAGGCAAUGAAGGAUUGGAUAUGUCGAUUGGAGAUGAUAAAACCGGUGAAGGUGAUCGGUUAAACAACUAUCUGACAUUUGAACAUUCAGAAUCAAAAAGCGAAGAAGGAGAGUCGCUACCAAACCUUUUGCCUAGUCCAUCGUCGCGAAAUUAUGUUGACAAAGAGAAUAAUAGCACAAGAUCCGAAGAAGGUGACGUUUUAAAUGAUUCAUCUGAGUCGCCUGGGAAGAAGGCACGCAAAUCACUGCCCCCAAUUGAACAUUUUUGGCGGAAGAAUACUCCCACAGAUUUGUCAUCUAUUAUCAAGAAUGCAAUUGUGGAAGCAAAGAAACUGCAUCAACAACCUCUGCAUGAGAAACGCAAGUUGAUGAUGCCACCACCACCGCCAACUGCCAUUGAGUGUCAAACUCCAACAAGCGAAGAACCCUCAAAGCCGUUAGCAUGGGACGCUUUCCUUACAAAUGAGUGUAAGAGCAAGAGUACAGAUCGUUUGAAUGAGUGCCAAGCAAACGAUUUUGGCAGCGCGUUUGGUGAUGGUGGUGACGACGAUGAUGCUUUUAAUGAGUACAAUUCCCAUAAAUUCUGGUAUAUCCGACCAGACGUAGUACUAGAUAAUGAUCUCGUUAAUGAAACACCAGACACACAUCAUUUGGACGAUAUUAUAAGUACGCGGGCUCAUUUUGAUCCUCCAACGGAUUUCAAUCAGAACAUUGUUCCCGUGGAGAUUCUGGAAACGUAUGUUAAGAUGGUUUUACACGAAGAAGAUGAAGAGGUCAAUUUGAUAUGUGUCUACGACUUUCCGGCUGUGGCGUUCACUCUUGGAAAACAGAAUUGGCAUAUACUUAAGAAGCUCCUGCAGUACCUUUGUGACGACCUCGACUGGAAAGUGAGAAAAACAGUGGCAACCUACAUAGAUUUGCUCGCGAUAAUAUUAGGAAAAGAAUUGGCUACGGAGGACUUGCUGCCUAUCUUCAUAGGUUUCUUCAAGGAUUUGGAUCAGGUCAAGAUCAAGGCGAUCGGUAAUUUUGCAAAAUUCCUGAAGUUUAUUGAUUUCUCGAAACAUGAAGAGAUUCUAUCGAAUAUCGGCAUUUGUCUGCGAAUUGAUAGCAAAACUAAUUGGCGGAUCAAGGAAGACUUAGCACAACAAAUUCUCCUCAUUAUUAAGUGGUAUGACUCGAUCAAUAUGCAUGACUAUCUGCUGUACUUGGCGAGUGUUACUGGCAUAUUCCUGGAUGAUAAAAUCAGUUGUGUUCGUGAGGUUGGGGCAGAGGCGAUGACUGAAAUCAUUCGGAUCUGCAAUCCAAAAGAGCGGGAGGCGCUUAUAAAGCACUAUUUAGUGAAAGAGUUCAGUCUGAGCUAUAGUUGGCGGAAGCGGCAAACAUUUGUUAAUAUUUUCUACAAGUUCGUUUGCUGCAACAAAAGUGCGAUGGACCUUGUCGAAAUGGUGUUGCAGGACAUCCGACGCCUUUCUUAUGAUGCAGUACCAAAUAUUCGAUUAUUAGUUGCUAAAAGCCUAGUACAAUUAAUAAAUAACAAUUCUCACAUCCUAACAAGUGGAAAUUGCGAUGAUGUUGACAUUGUGAAAAUGGUGCGAAGGUUGCAAGAAGACGACGAUCGUGACGUGCGAGAAAUAGCGCAAUUAGUGGAUUUGCAAUGCGGCAAGCAGGACGACUCGGAAUCUUUUAAAACUUCCACCGUUACAGCCCCGCCUAGUGAACAAACUGCUCAAUUUCCGGAAGAGCGGACAAUGACCCAACCGGCCGACGACAGCACAGAAGCGUCCAGGUAUAAUUAUUUCUGCGAAGUUUCGGAGUAGAGAGCCACGACGUCGCCGCCAUCCAAGUUUAGACUUCUUCCCCCAUACAGUAAUCGCGUCUAGUUAGUAAGGAGGAGAAAUGUAAAUUUCGGCGUAAUGAAUGUGAAGAAGUGGCCACUCGUAUAACAACAGACAAUACACGGGCUGAAACGAAUCAAGUCCUGAAUAUAUUUCGGUAGCACUGAAACUGAUUUACAAACACCAAAAACUGCAAAUUUCCCGGAACUGUUUUCAAUGGUAUAUCCAAAAGAUUAGAAAAUAGAGGCGCUAAGCCAUCUCGUUGUAAAACCUUAUUUUCAAUAAAUAUUCUUACGCGACACGUAUAUAUGCAACUGCAAGUGUAUUUAAAUACAAUAUGAUUAAUAGUUAACCAGUAAUAUAGAUGAAUCGUCGUUUUUAGUACACGUAUAUUUUUUCUUAGUUGAGUUUUUCCAAAAAAGAGAAUAUGGUUGCCUUGAAUUUUACAAGAAGAAAAAAUUAAAAACUUGAACGUUGUUCGGCGAGGAGAAAACUUGAAAUGUUUGUUAAUCGAAGAACAAUAAUUACAGAUAGUUUUGUCUUUUAUCGUUGAAGGGAAAAGAUCGUGCAUGAACUGCAAACGAGCGCGGAACUUAAAAAGCAAAAUAGAGAAAGUUUAUACAAAUGCAUAUACUGUUAGAAGAAAUGAUAAAAUAAAGUUUGUACAUUUGUGAUUUUUUAAGAAUUUAA